UCCGUUCCGAACAUCCCGUUUGCCCUUCUGGCUCCCUUCACGUGUCACAAUUCCAUUGGAUGAUUCUCAUUCCAUUUAUUCUCAAUUUUCCAAUUUCCCACCGCAGAAGAAAGCCAUGAAGCAAUGGGAGCGUGUCCAAACCUCGAUCCCAGACGAUAUUGCCUUCAAAAUUGCUUCACUACUUCAGGUAUCAGAUGUUUGUGCCUUGGGUAGUUGCUGUCGGUUAUGGAGGGAGUUGUGGGGGUCUGAUUCCAUAUGGGAGUCUCUAGCAAAGGAAAGAUGGCCUUCUCUCACACUAUUUCAGGCCUCUUCUUCUUCUUCCACUGUCAUCAAUGCCCCUAUCUCCAAGGGAUGGAAGGAUUUUUACAUAAAGAGGCACAAAGAGGUGGCAGGGAAUGCUAAUGCUGUUGCCAAGUUUGUGGAACUAUGCUCACAGACUGAAUCACUUGAGGUUGGAGACCAUCUGAAAGCAAUUGAAGACUUGUCGACCACACAGCUUGGUUUUAAGGAUGUCCAAAUGUUCCUGUUCAAACCUAAGUGCAAUGUGCUGCUUAAUUUGGUUGGCUUGCAUUACUGCAUACAUUGGCUUGGAGUGCCGGGUGAGUAUGUCAGUGAAGCACUUCAAAGUUGCAAGAUUUCAGAGCGCCAGGUGUGUGUCAAAUGGUGGAAGCUUGGCCGAUGGUUUUAUGGCUUUCGUAUGCGGGAUGAGUCUUAUUCUCGUUGGGUCUCUCUGGCAGAUCUUGCAAUGGCCAAAGAACCAGAGGUUCUUGUAGUGCUUCAGCGAGGAGCUAUUCAUGAGGUUUUAAGGGUUCAGAUAUCUGUUGCUAAUCCCACAUGCACUCCCUGGUCUUGCCAAAGUACACAAACACAGAAUUAGACAAUGCAGCAAUAAGCAGUUUCUUGUAAAGAUUAUUUCAAAGCAAUCCUUGUGGUAAUGGCAUUAAUGUAUUUUGACUUCAAAAAAAAAUGUUGUACCUGUGUAUAAAGCACCCACUUCUGGGUAGGGGGGUAGGGAUUUAUGGAAUUUGCUGUUUAUGUAUAUCAUCGUACUCGUAAGUGUAUAUAUGAUGUUCCCAAUGUAUGAUUUGUUUGGACUAA